AUGACUCAUAUUUUCUUGAAACAAGAGGUAAGCAAUAAGUGGUUCCAUUCAGACAAUCCCUGCCCGAUCACUUUUGAGAACCCAUCCCCUGUGACGGAAGGAAGCAAAGUCACACUGACAUGCUCCACUCUCACCUCAUGCUCUUCUGAACCAGAAAUUUUGGAUUUUUAUUGGCUCCGGCCAAGCGUGUCCAAGAAGCAAAACACGAAGACAAGCACGGUCAGCUUUACCGCUCGCCAGCAGGAUGACAGCAGGAAGUUUUCAUGCCAAACGGAGAACUCGGACCACUACUUGAUUAAAAACAUCACUCUAGAAGUAGAAUAUGCCCCGAGAAGCCCCAAAGCCAAUGUGUCCAAGUCCUUUGUCAAAGAAGGAGACAACGUCACUCUCAGCUGCACCAGAGACGGAAAGCCCAACCCCACCAUUACAUGGUCUAGAAAUCUACAAGCCCUGUCCGAGGAACCAUGGUGGACCAUCAGUUCCAUCACUGCCGAAAAGAGCGGGAAGUACACGUGCGAGGCGAAAAACGUGCACGGAACUAAAUCUUCAAGCAUCACCAUUGAUGUUCAAUAUGCCCCGACAGUUGAGAUCCAUCCGGCCCCGACUACAUUCAGGCAGGGUGAUAAAAUGGAGCUGAAAUGUAUCGUGACAAGAAGCAAUCCGUCCCCCCAAAGCUACAGUUGGUCCAAAGACGGUAAUCAUGUUUUCUGGGGGUUGACGUACGUGGUGGAGUCGGUGCAACCUGAGCAUGCAGGCUUGUAUGCGUGCAAGGCCCAAAACAACGUGGGGACGGGGACGUCAGCGUCGCAUCGAUUUCAAGUUCAAUACCGUCCGAGGAAGACCACCGUUUCCAAUUCUGCUUCUACCCGUGUCAAAAUCGGCACACACCUGACGUUGCAAUGCCAAACAGACGCGAACCCUGCGGCGACAAAGUACUCCUGGUCGCUGCAUAAGCAAAGUCAACACGUGCCUUUGAUGCCCACUGGAUACAGCCUGAAGCUGAGUAGUGUGCAGAGUCGGGAUGCGGCUUGUUACACCUGCAAGGCCACCAACACCAUCAGCACCGGAGAGAACAGCGAACCUUUGUGCAUCCAAGUUCUAUACCCUCCAAGCAAACCCACGCUGUCCAUGGAUGCUGUAGUCCGUGAAGGAGAGCUGCUUUCAAUCGUUUGCUCCGUGGAAAGCUUCCCGUCAUCCCACUUAAAACUGUACAGGAUGCCCCGUUGGUCGCCUGUACCCAGCGUACAUGACAACAAGCUGUUCUUCCAAUUCAACGUGACGUCAUCCCACGCCGGUGACUACACGUGUGAGGCCAACAACUCCGAAGGAAAAUCGAGCACACAGCGAACUUUGGAAGUCAGAUAUGCUCCCAAAGAUGUGACAGUGAAAGCUCUACCAGACCGCAUUGUCAAGGAAAACCUGACAUUGGCUCUACAGUGCAGAACCACGUCCCACCCGGCCAUCACCUCUGUGACCUGGUGGAGGGAGAUUGGUGGGAAGGUCGAAGCCUUGGCGAAGACUGAGACCGUCACCAUAGAGUCCGUCACGCCCUCUGACAGCGGACUGUACUACUGCUCGGCCACCAAUGAUCUUGGGACGGGAAGUUCGCCUCGAGUUCAAGUCAUGGUCAAGUACGCUCCAAAGCACACACGGAUAACCCAAGCGGCGGAACAGCAGCUCUCAGACGGGCUGAGUUCUGUGGCACUGAGCUGCAGCAGUCGCAGUUACCCACCAAUCAAACAGUAUUUCUGGUACAAGAAAACGGAGGACAGCGACGGAGCUGACAAAGAAGUGUCUUACUCCCAGAACUUCACGGUCUUUUCGGACCAGCCGGGCAUCUACUACUGCGUGGCCAAAAACGACGUUAAUGACAGGAAGUCGGAACAUGUGAGGGUGUUUCUUGACAAGAGCUUGAUGAGGGCCCUGACGCUCCUCAUCCCUCUUCUUUGUAUCGUCUUGAUUCUGGUUUUCAUCUUCUUAAUCUUCAGACACAGGAGGAAGAAAGCCAUACAACAGAACACUCCGUUCCAGAUGAGUGUCCUUGCCAACAGGAGGACUGACAGUCCAGUGUUUGCAGGGCGUCAUGUUGAGGUCCAGUCCAGUGAGUUGAGGACAAAUUGCAGGGAUACACACACAAUCUACUCAAUGCUCAACUUUCCCUCUGCUGGACAGGGUCUUCCCCCAGCAGCCAGCAGCCUCCAGAGUGGACACGGCCAGGACGAUUCUGUCCACUAUGUGUCUCUACACUUUGGGCACGAAAGAGAAAAAGAUGUGGUCUAUGCAGUGGUACCUAAACCAAAAAGGCCCAAGUAGACCGUUUCUGCUGACCGCAGCAGAUAAGAUGGAGACUCGCAGGUGACCUUCUUUGUAUGCUUUAUUUUCACCUCCACUAGCAUGUAUAAUAAACAAAAACAUUGUGAACUGAUAA